UUAGGACUUUUGCCCGUGAGCCACGACACAUUGACGGCAGGUGCCAAUUGACAGUUUGAGUCUUUUUCGACUUCAUUUGGGUGUUACUUAAUAGUACAGUGACAGUGAAGACUGUUUUGGACCUCCAAGGGUUGAUUGGGACAACCAUGCAAAGCCAGGAAACACAGUUGGGACACAUCCCAGUGUCGCAGCCUAAAAUGCAAGCGUCCUCGAGUCGCAUACUGUACGACAUACCGUGUAAAGUCUGCAGAGAUCACUCGUCCGGCAAGCAUUACGGAAUUUUUGCGUGCGACGGCUGCGCGGGAUUUUUCAAAAGGUCAAUUCGUCGAAAUCGUCAGUACGUCUGCAAGGCAAAAUCCGAGGGCGGAUGCAUGGUCGAUAAGACGCAUCGAAAUCAAUGUCGAGCGUGUCGAUUGGCAAAGUGCCUGCAAGCGGGCAUGAACAAAGAUGCGGUACAGCAUGAACGAGGACCACGUAAUUCGACACUGCGAAGGCAGAUGGCUCUCUAUUUCAAAGAACCCGAAAUGAUGUCCAACGUAGUGCAAACGCCAGCAGGAGCUCUCGAUCUUGCGCUACCAAAGCCACCAUCGGAACCCAGAGUCUCUGUUCCCGGACCAGUACCUCAUCAUCCGCUUCCUCAUCCGAUCUUUUGCAACAGCAUGACUAUACCAAAGAUUCCAGUCAGUGCAGCAGGCUUACCAACAAUGCCAAUUAUCCCGACAAUCACAGCAGAGUCCGUUUGCGAGCAAGCCGCAAGGCUUCUGUUCCUGAACGUACGUUGGGCCAGAGAUUUGGCAGCAGGUACAGGCCUCACCAUAGAGGAUCAACUGACGCUCCUGGAGGCAUCCUGGAGAGAAUUGUUCCUCUUGGCAGCCGCUCAGAUGUUACCUAGUCUUGAUCCGACGCCGCUUCUUCCACCGGGACCUCAGAGUCUUGGUCUAGCCGUGGAAGUCAGCCGAUUUCGUGAUACGCUCACUGGAUUCCAUGCGAUGAAUCUGGAUCCCCAUGAGUUCGCAUGUAUACGGGCCAUAGUCCUGUUCAAAGCUGGAUUGGACAGCGAACCGGCACCCAGUAGCAGCAGCAGCAAUGGCUCCGCCUCCCCUAACGCUGGAAGUCGCUUGAGGGAUGCAGCUUCUGUCGCGAGACUUCGUGACGGCGCUCAGCUUGCUCUGGGUCAAAGAUUGAGUGGUGCUUCCUUCGGGGCAUUGAGAUUUGGAAAAUUGUUAUUACUUUUGCCUACCUUGAGAUCAGUCUCUACACACGCCAUUGAGGAACUCUUCUUCAGAAGAACCAUCGGCGCCAUUCCCAUCGAGAGGAUAAUAUGCGACAUGUAUAAAACGGCUUAAGCUUCUUUGUCUUUUCUGCAUUCGCGUUUUCCUUUUUUUAAUGCAUUUUUUUUUAAUGCUUUAGAAAUACUUGACAUAGCCCACUUUCUCAUGCGUGUCUUAUACUUUUUAAACUUUGACCCAAGGCUCACGGACCUCAGACUAACGUUUACGGAUUACUAUAUAAAAUAGAAGAAGGUAACUGUGAUGAACGAGUGUCACGCUGAUAUCAUAAAAGACAUUUUGCGAGUUCGUUGAACGGGCGUAAAAAAAAAGAAAUAUUUUUCUAUUAAUAUAUUUAACAAGAGAGACGAUGCACGAGGUGCGACAAGAUGCAAUAACCCUGCAACUGCCUCUACGCGUAAACUAGAAAUGUCAUCGGCAUUUAUUAUUAGACCUUGUACAGUUGUAAAUAGUAUCUAGAGAGAAAUAUAUUAAUAUGCACAGAAUCGAUCGAUAUAGGUAGUAUAGGUAGAUAUAUAUAUAUAUAUUAAAACAACUUUAAGUGUACAAAAAGAGGACACGCGCCAUGCGCGUUAAUA